AUGAAUAGUGAUGAGAUAUUACCGAAGAUGCUUGAUGCUGUAGUUAUUGGUGCGGGUUUCGCAGGACUUUACAUGUUGUAUCGCUUACGUGAACAAGGUUUCUCAGCAAAAAUUCUUGAAACCGGUGAUGGAAUCGGUGGUACAUGGUAUUGGAAUCGUUAUCCAGGUGCACGUUGUGACGUUGACAGUAUGCAAUACUCAUACUCAUUCUCAGAAGAAUUACAAAAUGAAUGGAAGUGGUCGGAAUUAUUCGCUUCUCAGUCGGAAAUCUUGCGUUAUCUCAAUUAUGUUGCCGAUAAAUUCGAUCUUCGUAAGGAUAUUGAACUCGGUAAACGAGUGAAUGCGACAUUUUUCGACGAGAGUCAUUCACGUUGGGAGAUACAAACAAAUCAAGGAGAUCGGCUCUUCGCCAAAUUUUGCAUAAUGGGCAUCGGUUGCGUCUCGGCAACUCAUAUUCCGCAAAUAAAAGGACUUGAUGUUUUUAAUGGUAAUCACUACCAUACAAGUCAAUGGCCACAUAAGGAUAUCUGCUUUCAUGGACGUCGUGUAGCCGUCAUUGGUACCGGUUCAUCUGGCAUUCAAUCGAUUCCGGUAAUCGCCGAACAAGCAGAUCAUGUCUUUGUAUUUCAACGAACACCAAAUUUCAGUAUUCCAGCUCGUAAUGGGCCUAUCAAAGACGAAUACGAACAAUGGUUCAAAUCGAAUUACGCAGAGUAUCGCAGACAGAUCUUUGAUACACCAUUUGGAGUUAUAGUCAAAGACAAAAGGAAUAUCUCAGCAAUGGCUGUCACUCCAGAAGAACGACAAGAUGAGUUCGAGAAAAGUUGGCAAACUGGUGGUGUCGGUUUUCUGUUGAGCUUCAAUGAUCUCAUAUUGAACAAGGAAUCUAAUGAUACUGCAGCCGAAUUUGUACGCACGAAGAUCCGCGAAACUGUCAAAAAUCCCGAAGUGGCUGAAGCUUUGGUUCCGCGGAAUUAUCCAAUAGGUACCAAGCGUCUCUGCGUCGACAACAAUUACUUUCAGACUUUUAAUCGUGACAAUGUGACGUUAGUUGAUCUUCGAAACGGAUCUAUCGAUGAAAUAACACCUAGUGGUAUUCGUGUCAAGGAGAAAAUCUACGAAGUGGAUGAUAUUGUGUUUGCGACGGGAUUUGAUGCAAUGACUGGAGCUUUGCUGAAAAUCGAUAUUCGUGGUCGUUCUGGCAAGACGCUUCGAGACAAAUGGGCGGAAGGGCCUCGUACCUAUCUUGGUUUGAUGAUAGCUGAUUUUCCCAAUUUAUUCAUCAUCACCGGUCCUGGUAGUCCAUCGGUAUUGUCCAAUAUGCCUCGUGCUAUCGAGCAACAUGUCGACUGGAUUGCCGAAUGUCUCAACUAUCUUCGUACGCAUGAUUACGAUACAAUCGAACCGCAGGUUGAAGCAGAGAAUGCCUGGAUCCUUCAUGUUAAUGAGGUUGCUAAUGCAACUCUCUUUCCUCUAGCAAACUCAUGGUACAUUGGAGCGAAUAUCGAUGGUAAACCCAGAGUUUUCAUGCCGUAUAUUGGUGGUUUCAAUGUGUAUAGACAAAAGUGUCAAGAGAUUGCCAACAAUGGCUAUGAAGGUUUUACGUGUGUAAAAGGCAUUCACUGAAUCAUAUAAUUGAAAAAUCGUUGAAAUCACUAACAACAGCCAUCUUUUUAAAUAACAAGUUGUUACAGCGUGAAACAGUUAUAUAUGGUACUUUUCUUUCCUCUCUGCCAUUUUUGUAUUGUAUAUAAAUGACAUGUACAGUACUUUUUUUUUCUUUUUUUUCCUUUCCUUCUCUUCUCUUGAUGUAGUUUAGCCCUUUUCUAUCUCAUCAUGUCUUCUUCAAGUGUUCCUAUAUUUUCUGCUAGUUUUUUUCGUCCGUAUAUAGUUGUCAUUUGAAAAACAAAGAUGGAUGUAGGUGUUGAUGUGCGUCGUAUCCUUGUUGACUUUGUAUUCACCCACACCCACAGCCUAAAAAUUUUUCGUAGAUUAUUUAAUAGAAAGAUCAGGUCAUCCUGAGAAAUAAUUAAACACCUCUAGGCAGGAGUUGUCAGCUUGAUCUGAUACCCGACAGAUCAUCAGGCUAGGCUAAAGUCUUCAGUCUGUAUGUGGUGUAAAAUUAUUUUCACUAGUAUCAAUUAAAACAUAAGAUGAUGAUAAUGGCACUGGAUUUGUGAGCAUAUCGGUGUGGAACAUCGAUUCACGCUUAGUAAGUCACAUUCAUACACCUAGAUAUACGUAUAUAUAUAUGUGAAUGAAUAAUUUUGAUGACUUAGUAAGUGCACCAUUGAGAAUAUACAAGGUACAAAGUGUGUGCAUGCGUUUGUUAUAAAAAGUCAUUCGAAGGACAUUAUGAAGUAAAUCAGCAUGUCGUUGACUGAAAAUAUAUGGAAUGUUUCUUGAAAGUUUUUGUAAAGUAUAUCCAUGUGCCUAAGGUCUCGUAAAUAAAGAGGUCGUUUCUUAGUCUCCGUAUACCGCCGCUCUUUGGCGAAGUGGGCAUCAUUUUCUUUACCAAAGUUCAGCUUUAAAUAAAAAAACCCAUCGAUUCUUGGGUUUAGGCUUCGUUUGGGUUUCGAAUUUUGCUUUGUCUUAGAUUUUAGUUUGGAAUUCUGUUUAGGCUCCAUUUACGUGUCGUCUUUGUGUGUGUGUUGGGAUAUUGAGAUUUGAUUUCGUUCUGUUGUGAUGAAUCAGCGUUCGGAAUCAGAUUUUGACUUCGAUUUCGGUUUCGACUUUCUCUAAUUGGUUCAACUUUUUUAUAUUCUUAUGAUCUGAUGAGUUUGGGUUUCGGCUUGGUUUGAGCGUUGGCUUUGGAUUUAUUGUAAUCAGUUGAGAUGGUGUCUAGAUUUAGUAUCAUGAGUUCCUGUUUUUGCUUGAUUUGAUUUAAUGAGCUUCAGUUCAGGCUAGUUUAAGCAUUGAGUUUUGAAUGAAGGUUGAGUUUGGCAUUCAUUUGGCGCAAUAAAUGUAGGUUUGAUUUGGUUUGUGCGCGAGUUUUGCGUGUUAAACUCAUGUUUAUCUGCCACCUGAACUCAUCAAGCCAUUUAACUUUGGGUAUAUUCCCAUUUUUCUUAAAUUUCUUCUCUAUAUUGUAAAUACUAUAUUUAUAUAAUUAGGAGGAAAAAUUGUAUUUCAAGUUGAGACUCUUCUUAAAAUAGGCUUCUUUAUCCAUAACUUACAUAGAACCAUCGAGAAACUUCACACCGAACAAUUGAAUGAAAUGUACGAUGGAUCAACAACACUUAUGGUAUUUCGAGGUAAAACCAUUAAGAAGGUUGAUUUGGAAACCCAAAUUAAAUAAGGUGGACUUAUAUCGUUCAAUAAUUUUUUAUCAACCAGUGAUGACCGAAAUGUGGUUAUUGAUUAUCGUCGGCAUGAGCUUGUCAUCGGCAUAAACAAACUCGGUGUUCUCUUCAAAUGACAAUUGAUCGGUCGACUUCAUCAGCUCGCUUUGCUUCCAUUGACCGAAUAAGUUAUUUCAAGAAUGAAAUCGAUUUUCUCUUUUGUAUGCACACGAUUUUUCGUGUUCAGCAAAUCAAAAAAUUCAAGAUAGCAAAAUGAUCUAGUGAAAAGUGACACUUACACUCAUUAGUGAUAACAGUGAUCAGCAGCUCACGACUCUUGCUAAGCGAAUGCGAGAAAAAGUCACUGGAACAGUAUCGAAACGAAUGCAUACAUUAUUAUCGACGCAAGGUGAGAAUGACAAGGCUGAACAAUGGUAGACGGUAUCACUCGAAGAGAUAUCCAAUGACAAGAAGAAAGCGUAUUGCUGUAACAAAUUUGGAAUAAUCAAGAAGAAGCGAGGAGAAUACAAAAUGGCGGCUGGGUUUUAGAGAAAAAACUUCUUCCUGAGAAUCAUUCCUAUUUGACUAUUCCCUACAACAACCUUGGUAAGGUAUCUGAUAAAAUAGGCAAAUACGCAAAAGCAUUUUCAUUUGAUGAAAAAUCACUCAAUAUCUUGCAAAAGUCUCUCCCUCCAAUGCAUCCACAUGUAACAAUAUGCAAAAAAAAAACAUAGGACUUGGAAAAGAGAAAAUGUAAUUGAUCUUUCUGUUGCAACAAAUAAAUUUUGUUCCAUGCUUGCUUAUAAUGAUUAGGAUGCUUUUUCUCUAUAGCAUUACUAUUUCGACGCGCACGAGCAGAGAAAUCUUCGAACAACAGGAAAAAAGAGGAAUCUGAUGGGUGUGGGUGUGUCUUCUCUUUAUCAACAUCCACACCCUACCUGUCGUUCUUGGUUGCAUGUAAACGUACUCACUAAUAUUUGACACAUACACCUAAAGUUCAUAGCGUAAGCACCGGUAUGAAUGUCAUCGGCUUUAAAAAUUAUUGAUCGAUAUCCUUAUCGUCAUUAUUUUACAUAGGUUGCUAUGUGGAGAGAAGCGGGGACACAGUUUGCAUCUUGGCAGACAUUUUGCCAAGAAUGAAAAUCACACUUUUUCAUGAUUUUAAUACAGAGAAAUAUAGUUUGAAAUAUGAUCUAUCUAACGGUAUAAUUAAUUUUCUUACAACUUUCAAAGAAAGCGAAAACCAACUGACCAAAAAAUCAGACUGAAAAUCAUCAUGUCAUCGCGA